AUGCAACUUCAGCUUCAAAAGAUUACGCUCACAAAAGUGCUGAUUCUAUCAGUCGCUACUUAUAUCACAGUAUCUGGACUGUCCCGUGAAUGGUUUCGAAGCAUUCGACAUUCUUUAGAACGAAUGCAUCGCAAUCACUGCCACAACAACAACAACAACAACAACAGGGAUUCGCAAGCAUCCUCCCAAAAGUAUCUGCGAGGACAAGGUUCACCAUCGUUUUCUUCUGGCGUUUGGUUUUCCAAGUCCAUCGAACUCGUCAAUGACAUUGCUCGCAUUGCUCCCAUCGAGUUUCAAUUUGACAGCAAACACUGUCAAGAUACGGACUGUCAGUAUCAAUGGGGAGACGUCAUUUCCAUGAAUUACACUCUUUCGUCAAAUGAUAUUGACAUGGAGGAAGGUGACUACACAUCGAGUGAUGACAGCCUUGCACAUGUCGAGGGAACCUUUAUGAUCAAUGGCCAGGAGGUACCUUGGACCUUUCGUUGCAACUUGUGCGGUGACGCACAACAACAACAACAGCAACAACACUGCGAGACGGAUGGAUUUCCUCAAGGUUUGGAGGUUGUCAUUGACAUGCCGGACUGUCAACAACAAGAUGAUGGUGAUGACGAUGCGCAUGUCUCGACUAGCAAACAAGGAUCCUUGUCAGUAGCCCUGCAAUCGGCCAGCAAGAAGAUACCAUCACUACAACUCGAGGGUACCUUGGAAGUCUACAGCCAUCCAAAUGAACUCUUGGCACAAAUUGGUAUGAGAGCCACCAUUGCCGCCUAA